AUGGAAGCCUCUCAUUGGCCAACGAUCACCUCCUCUCUCAGUUGGCUGCCACGUGUCCAUCGCUUACUCACUUCCAUCUCUGACAUGGCCGAGCAGGUUACCAUUCGCGGCAGGCGCGUCGCGUCCACGUCAUCUCGUCCUGAUCACCGCGCCGCCUUCACUGAAGCCGGCCUCGCGUCGCUUUUCUCUUCCUGCCCGCGGCUCGAGUCCCUGGAGCUGCACUGCCCGCUAAAUCUGACCGCUCUUCCUCCGUCAAUCUGCGGGUUGACUCGCUUGACGGCGUUAAAAAUCACCGCUCGGGGACUAAAACGCCUUCCUGACGGAUUCCGUCAACUCUCCGUUCUCGUCAGUCUAUCAAUCGACUCAGAAGCUCUGGAGAAGCUUCCAACCGGCUUCGCGACGCACAUCGACGAAACUGCAGAGCCUUCCAUUCGACCAAACGAUUCGCGCAUCUCAGAUGCGUAUGCGAAUGCGAACGCCGCAGACGGAUCGCAGAACGUCGCUCGUCAGAAUAGUCACAUACUGCCUCAGGAUGAUAACUCUUCGAUGGUUACUUCGCUCGGCCCCCUCGCUUCUCUAUCCCUCUCGAACACUCCCUCCCCCGCACUUCCCCUCCCCACGCUCUCCGCCCUCCGCCACCUCUCCCUCGACCGCUGCCGCGCUCUCCGCGCUCUCCCCUCAUCCCUCCCCGCCGAGCUCCCCCUUCUCGAAACCCUCGAGCUGCGCGAAUGCGCCUUGCUUUCCGCCGUCCCCGCCUGCCUCCCCGCGCGCUUUUGCCGCCUCCGCGCGCUCACCCUCGCGUACCUCCCCUCCGUGCACACCCCUCUCCCCGCGCUCCUCUCUGCAUCCCGCCCGUCUGCUCCCGACGCAGCGGAGGAAGCGGCAAACGGUCAUUCCUGGGCAGUUUCGGAAGGGGGGGUACCUUGUAAGGAGGAUGCGAGGGAGAGCAGGGUGGGACGGGCCCGGCUGGAGCUACUCGAAUGGAAGCGGAUGCAGGAGAUUUUUGAGACGUCUCAAAAGGAGAGCAAGGUAGGACUGGCCCGUCUGGAGCUACUCGAAUGGAAGCGGAUGCAGGAGACUUUUGAGACGUCUCAAAAGGAGAGCAAGGUAGGACUGGCCCGUCUGGAACUAAUCGGAUGGAAGCAGAUGCAGGAGAUACCCGCGGAAGCCCUCACCGCUCUCUCCGCCUCCCUCACUCACUUAAAUGUUUCCAACUGCCCCGCCCUCUCCUCUCUCCCGGACGAGCUUUGUCAGCUGCCCCACCUCCGCUCCCUCACUCUCCUCUUCCUCCCACUCAUCGCCUCCCUCCCUGCCUCCCUCCACCUCCUCUCCCACUCGCUGCACCAUCUGGAGAUUUCCUUCUGUGAUUCGCUGCAGAGUCUCCCCGCGUCCCUCACCGCCCUCGCCGCCCUUCUGACAAUUUUCCUCCAUUCCCCCCUCCCCUCCCCUCUCUUCACUCCCUCACUGUCUCCGACUGCCCUCGCAUCUCCCGCCUCCCUGCCUUCCUCUCCUGCUCCCCCACUCUCCUCCACUUGA